AUGCCAAUGCAUCCGGUCGUCCUUUUCAUGGAGGUGGAUGAUGACGAUUCUUUCUCUAGUGAAUAUCGAGUACAAAUCGGCAAUUGUGUUAAUUAUCUUAUCAUCUCUCCUAAUACCUUUGAUAAAGACAGGCUCUCAUUCUCUGUCCAGUCCCUGCCGGCGCUCCCAUGGAACGGUGAUUGGACAAUGGCUCACAUAUCGCGAGACGAUAUUAGCGGCGAGCUAAGAACUUCCAUCUCGACCCGACCACUAGCCGGUGUGAGGUAUCAGCGGCAUGACAUCAUGGCCGAUUGCUUGGAUUUGAUGAAUUCCAAAAUGCUCACAGCAAUGGCCUUCGAAGCUGUCCGAUAUUCGAUAACCCCAAGCUCCGACCGGUUGCCAGUAACCACCGUUAUCGCUAAGAUUGCCCGUUUUGAAUGGGAAAUUCCUCGAAUCGAGCGCGAAAGUAGAGCCUAUCAGCUGCUCGAUGGUUCCGGGCUGGCACCACCCUUCCUCGGUCACAUUCGGGAGAACGGACGUAUCAUAGGGUUUCUAUUAAAGAAGGUCAAAGGAUGCCAUGCUACUAUCCAGGAUUUGAAGAUCUGUGAAGCAGCUCCUGGGAAUUUCCGCAAGUUGGGACUUUUGCACGGGGACGUGAACCGGUAUAACUUCCUUGUCACACAAGAAGGCGUCAAGCUUCUCGACUUCGAAUGUUUCCAGGUGAAUGCGAGCUCACAAUCAAUGCACAGGGAACUCGGUAGUAUACGCAUGAAACUUAUGGAGAUUUCAGGGCGUGGUGGAGGGUUUGUAACCCAGGAUGAUAGCAAUUAA